CCGUUUGUUCACUCUUUCCAUUCCUACGUGAGCCUGUCAUUCACUACCCACGAGUACUACGACCGCCUCGGCGUCUCCGCUCUUUUACGCGCCUUCGGCCUCAAAUCCAGGGAUUCCCUCUCUCUUUCAUCUUACCUGGUUCUUCAUGCAGCACACGUUCUUCUCCGAAUCCCUUUUCUGAUCCAGCAGAGCUUAUCGCGUCAUCCAGCCUGCGGGCUUGGCGACAUGUCAAUGUCGAGCUCUUCGAUCCUCUUCCGUCAGAGUUCAAGAUGUACUACUAAAAUUCCACGACACUCCAACCUAGUCGUGCCUUCAACCUCUUCAUUAAUCUCCAGCUCUACCUUGACCUCUGCCGUGUCCCAGCCCUCCCUCACGAACUCGGACCCUACAUCCUCAACCGAGACCUCAUUACCAAGCGAGACUUCUGCGUCAGACACAUGGCAUUCCACAGCGUUGUUACCUUUCACGGAUGCGGUAACUACACAAUCACCACAGCCACCUGCUGUUGUUAGCCCGGUGGCCGUUCCUACAACGACUGCAUCCACUACAGCUGGAAAGCCCAGCAACUACAAUCUAAUCCACACAGAAAAUGGCCCUCACGCUCACAUGCCCGUAUCGUCGCGGAUUGGUUCUUCAAGUCAUGAAACAGACUCUUCUCUUUACCUGCCAAGCUCCGCAACUUCAAAGACAUCAGCGAUACCGACUCUGCGCAGCACUGAAUCUUUCGUUGCACACUCUACGGCGACUAGCCCUAUCGCCUCUGCUAAUAGCUCCUCGCAAGGCCAUAUAGAUCAGUCUAGCCAUAGUGAACAUGCCCCACUCGGCGCGAUCUUAGGCGGCGUUCUAGGUGGAGUAGCAUUUGUUGCUCUUGCACUCGCCAUAGGUUACUUUGUGAUGCGACAUAAGCGGCGCGAUCCCCGUGGUGGCCUGAGCACUGGCACGAGCGAAGAGCACUUGCAAGAUGAAGGCGGGCCGGUCGCCCCCUCAGCUGACUCGCUUCAAGGAUAUCAAUCCGGAGGGUCCUUCCUCUCCGUCGCUUCGUCUACUCCUUCAAGCCCUCUUCGCGUUGCACUUGCAGCACCAAAACUGGCACCCGGCCACCACCACAGUCGGACCCUGUCUAGUUUGAAUCCCGUCUUGGACUCGAACCCUUUCCUAGAUUCUGCGGAGGUCAAGUAUGUCUCGCGUGGGAGUAUGCGCAGCAUCGCGGGGGCGCUUCGCAAUCCGUUUGCCGAUGCUCCAUCUCACAGCCAUGUCGCUAUGCAACAGUCAGAGAUGUCCCAACGACCGGCGUCAGCUGCCUGGUAUUCUAUGCACAGUGAUCGCAGCUUGGGAAGCACGCUCCUUCUCCCGGGACGGAGUAGCGCGGGGAGCAGCUUGCAACGACUCAGCUACCCGUUUACUGUCGCCGAACUAGAAUCAUGCGAUCCAAGCGGACCCGUGGCCAGACUCAGCACACGAAGUGAUCCCUUUGACCUAGAAUGUCCCCCGCACGCGAUGCACAGACGUAGUUCUACCGCCAUACCACUGGGACAAGUCUGAUUGCUAACCACCAGCCAUUUGCUGCCACCUUACUCCAACUGGUACCGAA